UUUAUUUUCUGCAGAAUAGGCCUAAAACAUGGCUGCUUAAAUUGUUUAUGUCUGACAACGUCAUAGUUUGAUACCAUCACCUCAAGAUGAGGAGUAACUCGGACUUCAGAGUUAAAAAUCAACUGAAUGAGAAUGUUCGCCGUCUGAGAGAAAUUCAGCGCCGAUGUAGGCAAAAACAAGUAGAGAAACAAGAGCCUGUCAGAGCUUUGUGGAAGUCAGAAAAAUACAGCAAUGUGGAAUCCAAGAUUAAACAAGACGUAGAGAAACCAUGCACACCAAGGCCACAUUCAGCUAACUUUCUGCGAGCACAUUCCCGCGCUGGGCCACCUGUUAAAUUAGAAUCUCGACCUGUCACACCUGAUGUGUCUAACAAGUUAACUGUACCAGCUGCAUCAACUGCUGCAGAGGUAAAAAUGAUACGGCAUAAUUUCGACUUCAUCAAAGUCAAUGGCAUCAACGCCAAGCACUCUGGAGUUCACAGGGCUCCUUCUCUGACUGCACUUGAUGACCUGAAGAAAAGACAGCAAGAUUUGUUAAGCCAUCAUCAGUUUGGAGCAGUUCCUGGCUACCUGCAAAAAAGAAAAAAUGUCUGGAGGGAACAAGAAGAGAGCAGGAUAGCCAACAGCCCUGACCCCAACAUGCCGGCAGGACACCGCCAGCUGCCUGAGGGGGAGAGGACAGAAACAUUGGAUCUCUUGCAACAAAAACAAAAGAAUGUGAUUGGCCAAAUCCAGCGCCUGCCUAUUGGUGCUGAUACUGUUCGAGUGAAACAAGAGCGCCAGUCUUUAGAGAAACAGCUGACAGAAAUUGAAGAGGCCAUCAAAAUAUUCUCCAGGCCCAAGGUGUUUGUUCGCGUUGAAUCAUAAGACAUCUCAAAGUUGGGAGAAGACAGGAGCCUCCAAAAGAAUUUGACUUGUAAAAAUGUAACAACCAUCCCCACUAGCCGCUUAGUGUAAUGGUUUCUUUCAAACUGAAUUCCUGUUUUUUAAAAGUAACUUCCUGUUCAGCUCAGUUAUGUUUUGAAAAGUAAUAAGCAUAUUGACGUUAAAUCAUGUCAUUCAAGCCCUCGUGGGGAAACAUCCCAUCCAGUAAUUAGAUUAUUUCUAAUCAAGCUGUAAAAAUAUAGAAGACAUUCAAUUAAGCUUCAUUCCAUAAUCAGCAUAUACAAUCCAGCCACAUUACUUCUGUAAAAGAAAAUUAGAUUCACUAUUUUUUUCUGGAAAUUUCAGCAUUUAGCCAAAUUGAACCAAAACUUACAGAACUAUUUUGUUUUCGUAAUUGUAUCAUUUAAAAUUGUCAUAUAAUAUUAAUGUUGUUACAAAUGGUCCUAAUGUUUUAGAAUCUUUUGUUUCAAAUUGAAAAAAUAAAAAAUU